AUGGUUAGAGUUGCUAUUAACGGUUUCGGUAGAAUCGGUAGAUUAGUUAUGAGAAUUGCCUUAUCCAGAAAGUCUGUUGAGGUUGUUGCUAUUAACGAUCCAUUCAUCACCAAUGACUACGCUGCUUACAUGUUCAAGUACGACUCUACUCACGGUAGAUACGCUGGUGAAGUUACUUACGAUGAAAAGAACAUCAUCGUUGACGGUCACAAGAUUGCUGUUUACCAAGAAAGAGACCCAGCUAACCUACCAUGGGGUGCUUCCAACAUCGAUAUUGCUAUCGACUCCACCGGUGUCUUCAAGGAAUUAGACACUGCUCAAAAGCACAUUGACGCUGGUGCCAAGAAGGUUGUUAUCACUGCCCCAUCCGGUACCGCUCCAAUGUUCGUUAUGGGUGUUAACGAAACUGAAUACGCUGGUCAAAACAUUGUUUCCAACGCUUCCUGUACCACUAACUGUCUAGCUCCAUUAGCUAAGGUCAUCAACGAUGCUUUCGGUAUCGAAGAAGGUCUAAUGACUACUGUCCACUCUUUGACUGCUACUCAAAAGACUGUUGAUGGUCCAUCCCACAAGGACUGGAGAGGUGGUAGAACUGCUUCUGCUAACAUCAUCCCAUCCUCUACUGGUGCCGCUAAGGCCGUCGGUAAGGUCCUACCAGCUCUAAACGGUAAGCUAACCGGUAUGGCUUUCAGAGUCCCAACCGUCGAUGUCUCCGUUGUUGAUUUGACUGUUAAGCUAGCCAAGGAAACCACUUACGAUGAAAUUAAGAAGGUUGUCAAGGCUGCUUCUGAAAAGUCUAACGGUGUUCUAGGUUACACUGAAGAUGCCGUUGUCUCUUCUGACUUCCUAGGUGACUCUCACUCUUCCAUCUUCGAUGCUUCCGCUGGUAUCCAACUAUCUCCAAAGUUCGUCAAGCUUGUCUCUUGGUACGAUAACGAAUACGGUUACUCCACCAGAGUUGUCGACCUUGUUGAACACGUUGCUGCUAACUAA